AUGAAUUUCUUUAACCAAACGGAUGUAAUCGGGAAAGAGUUGUUUUAUUGUAAUCGGAAAGCCGAUGAGCACAACGAGCAGGGCUUCUUCUUCAGCGAGAACCUCUGUGAUCUUAGAAAACCCUAUUUCUCGGCCACAACCGACAGAAAGAUUAGUCCUUCGUUUGAACAGGAAGAAGAAGAAAGUCUCACGGAAAGACGGGACGGUGGACAACGAGUUCAUGCAGAAGAAGAGUUCAAAGAAAUGUUGUAUCGUUUCACCAACAGAAGCCCUUUGAUGAGGAUGAUUGACAGCGAAGAAGAUGAAGAUAACAAUAACCAUCACCAUGAUCAUGGCCAUAACCAUGAACACUCCCAUUCUGGUGAGGCCUCUUCUUCUUCAAGCGAUUCUAAAGCAGUUUGA